GGAACGGGAAAUUACGUCACGCAGUUUCCGGAUUUUCGUUCGUAUCUGAACCAUCAUGGCGGCCGCCAGAGGCACCGUCGUGGGGUCUCUUCUGUUAAAAUAUGGGAAUAGAUUCGCAGGAUCUCACAUUGUCACCACAGCAGUUGGCAGACAGCCCGUCAGCAGACAGAUAUGUACAAGCUGUUGUCUUCUGCGGAAAAAUCUGGCUGCUGCUGGUCCGGAGAAGUUUACAGAAGAGUUCAUCAAGCAACAGGUGGAAGAGUUCAACAUUGGGAAACGCCAUCUAGCCAAUAUGAUGGGGGAGGACCCCGAGACCUUUACACAACAAGAUAUUGAUAGAAGCAUAAAGUACCUGUUUCCUUCUGGCUUGUUUGAGAAAAAAGCGAGGCCAGUUAUGAAGCAUCCAGAUGAGGUGUUUCCCAAACAGACUGCAAUCCAGUGGGGACAAGAUGGCCGUCCCUUCCACUUCCUCUUCUACACAGGAAAGCAAUCAUACUACUCGCUUAUGCACGACGUAUAUGGGAAAAUGUUGGCUGUGGAAAAACAUCAGGACCGGCUGAGAAACAAGGGCCUCUUCUCCCAGGACACAAACCAGAUCGCCCUCGUGGGGAGCAGGUGGCUACGGAAGGAAGAACUGGAGGAGUUACUGGUUGAGAAUAUCUCCGAUAAUGAUUAUGCACGGUUCAUCCAGUUGAUGGAGCGUCUGUUGAGCAUGCCCUAUAGUGCGCUGGAAGAGGAGUGUGUGCAGCGUUACCGGCGGCAACUGGAGGUGCAGAGCAGCAAACAGGAAAUCCCCCCUCUGCAGCACGACCAGCAGGGGGCAGCCUUCAGCACAGCAGUGGGCAGGAGGAAGACAGCCACAGCUUCUGUAGUCUGUAGAGAUGGCGGGUCUGGAAAGAUGACCAUCAAUGGAAAAGAUCACUUGCAGUGCUUCCCUGUGCUGCAGGACAGGGAGCAGUUGGUGUUCCCCCUGCACUUUGUGAACAUGUUGGGCCGCUUCGACGUGGAUGCCAGCGUGAGUGGCGGCGGCCAUUCGGCCCAGUCCGGGGCGCUGCGGCUGGCCCUCUCCCGCGCUCUCCUCACCUUCUUACCUGACGACAAAGUGGAGCACGUGAGACAAGCUGGCCUACUGACCUCCGACCCCCGGGUCAAGGAGAGAAAGAAGCCGGGCCAGGCCAAAGCCAGGAAGAAGUUCACCUGGAAGAAACGUUGAGCAGAGCAGAGCGGAGCGGAGCAGAGCGUGACCUGACUAAAGUGGUGAAGAAAGUAUGUGAGGGACUAGGGACCGAAGAUCAGCUGGAUGGACACGUGACCGAAUGAAGAGAAGCUCAAAACACAAUCAUCUCUUGUCACCGCUAUGGAAACUCCCCUCUGUGUCUCAUUCACAGUGUCCUUCGGAGUCUGUCAUAAUAUUACUAUAUCUGUCAAUGCGCAUCUGUGCUAAUAUUUCAAUAAAGUUUAUAUUUGUUUU